AUGGUGCAGGCCUCCAAGUGAUUUAAUUUUUUACUAUUUUUAGGGAUAUUUCAGCUUGCUGAAUCUGCAUUUGGAACUCCAGAACAUAUACACUUGGCAUGGACUGAAAAUGAACAUGAAAUGAUGGUUUCAUGAUCAACGUUUAUUCCUGUGGAUUCCUUUGUACAUUAUAGGCCGAUUUUGUGUAAUGAUGCAGCAGAAAAUUAUGAGUAUACAGAAGUGCUUGGAAAUCGGACGAUGUUUAACGAAGGGGUUCUAAUGCUAAGGUUUAUUUUUUUGCAUAAUGCACUGAUUAAGGGGAUUAGAUCUGAGUGCUUUUAUGAGUAUUUUAUUCAAAGCUCGAUUGGGAAAAGCAAAACUUAUAUUUUUAAUGGAAGAACGCCAGAAAGUGAUGACUCGUUUAAUGAUACAAGUAAUCCUUUUAAGAUGAUAAUUAUAGGAGACUUAGGCGGCGGAGAUAUUGGGUCAAUAACUGCAGCUCUUUUUCAAAGGGAAGUUAAGUUUAGAGACUCUGCUGGGCUUAUUCAUUUAGGAGAUCUUGCCUAUAACUUAGAUACAGAUAAUGGUCUUACAGGAGAUAAUUUUUUAAAUUUAGUUCAAGAUCUUGCUGCAACUAUUCCUUAUAUGGUUCUUCCAGGAAAUCAUGAAAACUUUGAUAAUCAGACCCAUUACAAAAUGAGAUUUAAGAUGCUAAAAAAUGAAUAUAAUGAUGGCCUUGGGCAAUUUUAUUCAUUUAAUCUUGGUCCAGCCCAUUUUACUAUCAUAAACACUGAAGUCCAUUUUUUUGAAAACCAAACUAUUUCUGCAAACCGAACUAUUUCUGCAAAAGUUCAAAGGAAAUGGCUGGAAAAUGAUUUGGCAGUAGCAAAUAAAAACAGAAAAGAAAGACCAUGGCUAUUUGUACUUGCACAUCGUCCAUUAUAUUGUUCUUAUGAUUAUUUAGCUAAUAGCAAAGAAAGAAAUAGGACUUGUGGGCCGGAAGCAAAGUAUCUUAGGGAAGAAUACGAAGAAUUAUUCAAUGAAAAUGCUGUCGAUGUCUUUUUUACUGCUCACGUGCACUCAUAUGAACGAAUAACUCCAAUUUAUCAUAAUGUUACUGUGAAAAGCCAAUAUGAUGAUACUAAUACACAUAUUAAUCCAAGGGCAACAGUUCAUAUAGUUGAUGGAAUAGGCGGAAACCGAUUAAGGCACAAUGCUAAAGCUACUCAUACUCCUCAGUUGUGAAGCGUGUAUAGAACAGAUGAUUAUGGCUAUGGAAAACUCACUGUGUAUAAUAAGACACAUAUGCUCUUUGAACAGUAUAGCUCGCUGACUUGGAACACUAUAGACACAGUAAGCAUAAUUAAAACACGAGAAAGAUUUUAG